AUGCAUCUGUCGACUACUCUCCUCGCCAGCGCCAUGACCAUGGGCGUCUCGGCCGGAACCAACUAUCUUGGUUUCAACUCUGGAGCAACCCUUCCGGACCGAUCUGCCAAAUUCAAGAAAAACUUCGUUGAUGAGAUGAAGACCGCUCAGGGUCUUGUUGGUGCUCCUGGGACCUUCAAUACUGUCCGCUUGUACACCAACAUCCAGGCCUACUCGCAGGACGAUCCUAUCCAGGCUUUCGAGGCCGCCAUUGAGACCAAGACCAAAUUACUCUUGGGUAUCUGGGCCUCGGGCACUGACAACAUUGAUAAGGAGAUCAGCGCCCUGCAAAAAGCCGUCGAGAAGUACGGCAAGGAGUUCACAGACCUCGUGAUCGGAAUGUCCAUAGGAAGCGAGGAUCUUUACAGAGAUUCAGUCACCAGUAAAGAGAACAAGGGCGGCGUUGGCAACUCCCCUGAUGCCAUUGUCAAGUUUAUUGGAGACUACAAAAAGGCCUUCAAGGACAAUGCCUUGAGCGAGGUUCCGGUUGGACACGUCGACACUUGGGAUGCCUGGACCAACUCGUCUGUCAAGGCCGUCAUCGACGCCGUGGACUGGGUUGGCGUCGACGAAUAUCCCUUCUAUGAAAAAGGCAAGGGAAAUUCCAUCGAGAACGCCCCUUAUCUAUUUGAGAAGGCGUAUAGUGCUACUGUCAAUGCGAUCAAUGGAAAGCCAAUCUGGGUCACAGAGACUGGCUGGCCAACGACCGGCCCUGAUUGGGAUGACGCCAAGGCAUCUGUCGAAAACGCCAAAUACUACUGGGAUGAAGUUGGUUGCCGCAGUCUCUUCAAUAAGGUCAAGUUCGCCAUCACCAAGGACCUGUCCGCCGAGGCUCCCCUCUUCAACUUGACUUGUCCUAAGACCUUCAAGACAAAGCCCAAGUCUUCAAGCGUUGUCUCUAGCGCCACUGGCACUGCUACCAGUACUGCCACCGGUGCUGUCAACGGUACUGUCAACGGUACUGCUACUGCCACUGGCGCUUCUAAGCCUACCUCUACUGGAGGCUCCGGCAACUCUGGCUCCAACGGUUCAAACGGCUCCAACGGCUCCGGUAACAACGGCGGCUCCAACACUGGCGGUGGCUCUGGCUCCAGCACCACCACACCCGCUACUGCCUCCUCCACAGUUGUCAAGGGUGCCUCAUCUACCGUUGAAAAGUUCUCUGGCGCGGCCUACUUGGCUUUGGCUGUCCUCGCUGGUUCCUUGUCCCUGCUUUAA